UUCAUCAGCGGAUCAUCACGGAAAUAUCAGUAGUCUUGUUCAAAUUAAUCAGCAGCUGCUGUUUUAAUUCUCAACAGGCUGUUUUUAUUUUUUAAAAACGGCUCAAAGUGAUGGGAGAGAAAAGCCCUGCUUAAUAAUAUGAUGUUAUUGGAGGGCUAUUUCUGUGAGCAACAACACCACCACUGCUAGUCUGGAGCAUCAUUUUUGGAAGACAUAAUCAUCGACAUGGGGUUUAUUUUUUACAGAUACUGAACUCUUAACUUCAAGAUUUUAUUUUCAUGAGACAUGGAGACGAUAUGGCUUUAUCAGUUUCGCCUGAUUGUCAUCGGAGACUCCACAGUCGGCAAGUCGUGUCUGAUCCGGAGGUUCACUGAGGGCCGCUUCGCCCAGGUGUCAGACCCCACCGUGGGGGUGGACUUCUUCUCCCGUCUGGUGGAAAUAGAGCCGGGCAAAAGAAUCAAACUUCAGAUCUGGGACACUGCAGGACAGGAGAGGUUCAGGUCGAUCACCAGAGCUUACUACCGCAAUUCGGUGGGCGGGCUCUUACUCUUUGACAUCACAAAUCGCAGAUCCUUCCAGAACGUCCAUAACUGGUUGGAGGAGGCCCAGAGCCACGUCCAGCCGCACAGCAUUGUAUUCCUGCUGGUCGGUCACAAGUGCGACCUGGAGGCCCAACGUCAGGUGACCCAGCAGGAGGCAGAGAAGCUGGCGGGGGCCUACAGGAUGCGCUACGUGGAAACAUCAGCACGAGACGCUAUCAACGUGGAGAAGGCCUUUGUGGAUUUGACACGGGACAUCUUUGACCUUGUGCGGAGCGGGGACAUCAAGAUCCAGGACGGCUGGGAGGGCGUCAAGAGUGGAUUUGUUCCCAAUACUGUCCACUCCUCUGAGGAGGUCACCAAAGGCAGCCGGCAGUGUUACUGCUGAUUUUCCUGGCUGUAGCAUGUGGGGAGGACAGGUGGUAAAUACUUCAGUGGACUCCAUCUGUAGGAGAUCUCUCUCUAGCCAUGGCUGCACUCAGGCCAGUUUUGUGGGACUCGUAAUACUUCCCUGCUGAGCUAACACACUUUACUUCUAUACACAAGACAUUGUUUUGUCUUUCAGGUGCCUGUUUAUGGCUCUGUCCAAACUUAGGACACUUUAUUGAUGAUCCUAACAGGCAUAGAAGCACAAGAAGCAUCCUAACCCCAUCACUGUUUUGUGUGCAUGUGUGUGUGAUUGUAUUAACCCCUCAGCUCUUACCAACACUUCAGCUUUACUCCACUUUCUUGAUGUGUAGUCAUUUUCCAGUGGCCGGUUAUAUUCUUGCUGCACAUCUCUGAAAGACUGAGACUGUCAGCGUAGCGUGCUUAUGCUUAUGCUUAUGUUCAUUUAAAUCUGAAUCAGUGAUGCCAAAACUGAGCCAUGCCACUUUGUUUUCAUGCAUAAUAUACUGCAACCUUGUACAGACUAUAUCUAGUAAGAGGGAUGAGACAGAAAGAGAUCUUCACUGAUUGUACUGCACUAUGAAUCCAAGUGGCUUAACACAUGAGAGAGUGGAGGAUAAUGAACGUGAAUCAAAUUGAACCAAAGUUAGCAUUUUGUUUGUUUGAAUGCUGGAGAAAGAGUUUGCACAGUGUAAACGUUCAAUGGUACAUUUGCUGUUUGCUGAAAGGAGAGCACACUGUAGCUGCUCACUGAUAGCCAUUAUGGGUAGUUCACAGCAAGGAGUUUUAUCACUAUGCUAGGUACCCAGUUCAUGUUUACUAACUUGUGUUGGUUUACUGGUGAGAACAGGUAAUAUAUAACCUUAAAGCCUUUUGUAUGAAACCCCGGUGUGUUCAAGAGUCAAUAAAUAUAUUAGAAAUGAAUAAUCAUAUGAAUAAAUUGUGUGAAAUACACAAAUGUAAAACCUCUGUUAACAUCCCUGAUGACAGACAAUUAGUACUGUGAGCAUGUGGUCUUUUGUCGUGGAGAUCACGGUGGGACAUAAGGCAGUGCCUCUUGUCCUGAAUGUUCUCUCUUUUCUUUCAAAUGAUGUUUUAUUUCAUGUCUUCACGUGUUGUAAGCAGAUACCUCACCUUUCAGUCAAUUACAUGCUCCCUAAUUCAGUUAUCUAGCUAGUUAGCACCUUUUAGCUAGAGCGAGCACAGACUGUCUGUGCUCGCUCUAGCUCUGUGGUUACCUUUGCCUUGGAAUUACAACUCAGAAGUCACGCUCAGUUGUUCAUUAUUAUGGUUUAAAUGAUAUGUGAACACAGCAUAAACCCCACCUAGCUAGUUAGCAAGCUAGGUAGAAACCAUGUAGAGCUUUUUCAAGCUAAUUAAAUUGAUGUUACUUUGUCUGUAUGCUGUUUUUUGUUGUUGUUGUCGUUUUGUUUUUGUUUUUUACUGUAGCGGCUCAAAAGUUGAUUUAGAAUUACUUUGACAUUGUUGUAGCUAACAGGUGUUAAAUGGCUAAAUUUGGUAGAAGUUGCUAAGCUAACUUAAGAGAAGCAGGGGCCAUGAUUGACUGAAAAGUGCCAUUAUGAAAUAAAAAGACAUAAAAUAAAACUGUAAUUGGAAAAAAAAAACUUGUGUAAUUUAGCCUAUACAUUUUACACAAUUUAUUCAUGUGAUUAUUUACUUCAUAAUCACUUAUUUAUUUGUGUAAUAUUGAACACUUUGGAACUCCAUAUUUUUGAAAACUGAAUUUGAAUAUGGAGACUGCUCUUAAAUAUUACACACUUUCAGCUCUUCUCACACUGCAGUCCAUUUAUAGAUUCAAUCGUGUCCAUAUUUAUAAUUAGUGCAUGCCUCCAUUUUAACUGAAAUUUUCCAAAGAAAGAAAAUAACAUUUAUUUUUGAUAUAAUGUAAAUAACCGUUUCGCUCGGUACUUGGAAUCUGAUCAGAGAGAGCAGAAUGAAUGAAGUUUCAUUUGUUGCUUGGGGAUGUGAAAUGAUCUUAAGCACCAUGACAGUGUAUGUUAACCCUGAAAAGUGAACAUAUUAGGAAUAUUAGAACUAGACAGUUGCACAGAUUUCAGCUCAGAAUGAUGUUAUUAACUAAUUCAUUGAACAGUUUAGAAACAGCAGUGAGUGAGUAUUUGUUUUAACUGCAGAGGGUUAGUGUCUCUUUUGAGUGCCUUUUGGAGGAAAGGUGCCUAAGCACAUGCAGCCAGCUUCCUGUCCAUUGCUACAACUGUGCAUUUAUCUUGUGAAUAUUAACAUUUAAACUGUGAGGUGGUGGGAAACACAUUGAUAUCACAUUACACAACCUGUAAAUUAUUUAUUUAAAACCAAACCCUGACAAAUUUGACUGUUCAAUGUGUCAUCAAUAAUAAAUGCCU